UGACAGCAUUAUAGAAGGUCAACAUCACACUUGUACUUAUGCCAAACAAUCUGAGUCUACAGAGAAAAAGCAGUCUUUGGGCCAGUUUGGCACACAAGAAAUCAACAUGAACAUUCCACUUUAAUAAGUUAUCCAUCUGAAUACCCAAAUACAAGCAAAUAGUCAAUUAGACCAUCACUAAAUAAAACAGGGUCAUGUGAUCUGACUGCCCUGGGGUCAAAUAUCAACUCUUUAGUUUUGUUUGUGUUUAGAAUAAGAUGAUGUUUCUCACACCAAGCAAUAUAAUAGAUAUGAAAUCCUCACAAGGAGAGUUAUUCAGUCAGAAGUCUGUAACUGAAGGUCUUCCAGCUAUCUCAUUAUGUUGCAGUGAUUUUGCACAACAUUCAGGGUUAACUGUGCAGCUCUUUUACGUUGAGCCUGUUGGAUGAUCGCUGCACUCCCACAAAUGAGGGAUUCCACCCAUCAGAAGACACCUGUGCAACGAUGGACCAAAUCUCCUCCUGCAGGGAUGAACUGAACUACACUCUAAUGAAAUUCACCAUGUCCAGGAAGGUUGUGAGGUCCAGUAAGUUCCGCCAUGUCUUCGGCCAGGCUUUGAAAGCUGACCAGUGCUACGAUGACAUCAGGAUCUCCCAGAUGACAUGGGACAGCCUCUUCUGCUCUGUCAACCCCAAGUUUGUGGCCAUGAUUGUGGAUGCCAGCGGUGGAGGAGCCUUCAUAGUGUUGCCCCUGACCAAGACGGGACGUAUCGACAUGUCCUACCCCACCGUGUGCGGCCACACAGGACCCGUCCUGGAAAUCGAGUUCUGUCCUCACAAUGACAACAUCAUCGCCAGCGGCUCAGAGGACUGCAGCGUCAUGAUUUGGGAGAUCCCUGAAGGCGGGCUGACCUCACCGCUAACAGAACCCGUCGUUAAGCUGGAAGGACACUCCAAACGUGUGGGCAUCCUGAGCUGGCACCCCACCGCCCACAAUGUGCUGAUGAGUGCAGGCUGCGAUAACGUGGUGAUCCUGUGGAACGUGGCUCGUGGAGAGGAGAUGGUGAGGAUCGACACCGUGCACCCUGACAUGAUUUACAGCGCCUGCUGGAACAGGGACGGCUCCCAGAUCCUCACCUCCUGCAAGGACAAGACCAUGCGGGUGCUGGACCCCCGCAAGGGAACCGUCCUCCAGGAGAAGGUGAAGUGUCACGAGGGCUUCCGGCCUGUGAGGGCAGUGUUCGUGUCGGGCGGGAAGAUCCUCAGCACCGGCUUCAGCCGCAUGAGUGAGAGGCAGGUGGCGCUGUGGGACCCAAAAAACUUCGACGCGCCGCUGACCCUGCAGGAACUAGACACCAGCAGCGGAGUCCUCCUGCCGUUCUUUGACCCCGACACUGGAGUCGUCUACCUCUGUGGCAAGGGAGACAGCAGCAUCCGUUACUUUGAGGUGACGGACGAGGCUCCUUACGUCCACUACCUGUCCAUGUACAGCAGCAAGGAGAGCCAGAAGGGGGUGGGUUACAUGCCAAAGAGAGGACUGGAGAUCAACAAAUGUGAAAUCGCCAGGUUCUACAAACUCCAUGACAGGAAAUGUGAGCCCAUCAUCAUGACAGUGCCACGCAAGUCUGAUCUAUUCCAGGAGGAUCUGUACCCGGACACCAUCGGUCCUGAGCCGUCCGUAGAGGCCGACGAGUGGUUUCAGGGAAAAGACGGUCAGCCCAUCAUGAUCUCUCUAAAGGACGGGUUUACAACAACGACCAAAACCAAGGAGUUCAAAGUCCACAAGAGUCUUCUGAAGACCACGACUGUGUGUGCCGGGAGUCAACAGGGAAGUGGCGAGGAGGUGCAGUCUUUGAAACAGGAGGUGAAAGACCUGAAAGCAGCGAUAGAGGAGCUGACCAAGCGUGUGGGUGAGCUGGAGACCAAGCAUUAAAGGAGAAGAGCUAUGAGAACAAGAAAAACAAAUCAGGAGCAGAAGUCAGGAGAGAAAACACGAGGAGACCAGACGGCUGUUGUAACUUUGUGGUGAGACAAAAGGAGGGAUUUCAGACAACAGUUCAAAAAUGUGACGUUAUUUGACUUUAGCUGGAAGCUUGAAUCAGUUUUUGGGUCUGAUUUAAAAAUCCUUUUUUUAAUAUAUGCUUUUUAUUUGAAAUAAAGUCUUCUGUAUACUGUA